AUGAAUUCUUCAACAUUAUGUUCUUCGUUGUUGGUCACUCUUUGCAUGAUCCUCAUUUUUCAAUCUCCGUUGCCAACAAAAGCUGGUAGAUCUCACGUUGGUCCUGAUCUCAUUGACAGAGUCUGCAACGAGACCAAAGAAGACUAUGCAUUGUGCCAGGAUGUUCUGAGAAGAGACCAUGAAGUCGUGAAAGCAAAAAACUUCACUGAACUUGCAGCGGCAAUUCUGAAACUGGGGGUGAAGAACGCAGUGGAAGGACAAAAGUUUCUGAAGAGGUUGGCCAAGGAGAAACAUGUUCCAGAGAUUGAAGAAUGUGCAACCGAUGAUUAUGAUGGGGUGAUAAGAGAACUCAGAAAUUCCCUUGGUGAGAUGAAAGAUGAUCUGGAUGCUGCAAACUAUGAAGCUAGAAUUGCUGGUGAUGGAGCUGAUUACUGUAGCAAAGCCUUGGUUGAUGCAAAAAUUGAUAAUCCUAAGAUUUUUGCUCUUAACCGUGAAAUAUCCAUGAUUGGCUUUAUGGCGUUUAAUGCUAUGGAAAAAAUUGGUCACGAGUAG